AUGUCGUCACCACCACCUUACCAAACUCCAACUACCUCUCUCAAACGCCCCUCCAUCUCAUCCACCACUUCCCAACCUAUUGGCAAGAAACAGCGCAUGCACCCACUUCGCCAGACUUCUUUCCCAGCAAAUCUCGAACCAACAGAGCGCAGUUUCGCCGGUACUAGUGAUGCCGGUAGUGUCACAGGCAGUUUCACUGGGAGUCUGGGCGGGACAAGCGUGGAUGGAGUUUUCGCCAAUGCGGCGCGUGGCAAAAAGCGCGGGCGGAAGAGCAAGGCUGAUAAGGAACGUGAGCGGGAUGAUGCGAUGAGCACACGAACUGGCGAUGCUGGUCGAUUUGGGUCUGCAGAUGCGGAGGGCUCAGUACGGGGAGGAAUGGGUGGUGGGCGAGCAGCUGACGAUGGAGAUGAUUAUGAUGACGAUGAUGAUGAGGGGGAGCUUCUGGGUCGUGAAGAAGGCGCUACAGAUACGGAGGCCGAAAAAAAGAAUCUUGCGUAUGUCUUGUUCUUCCGGAACUACUGGUGGUUUAUGGUUACUGACCUUGUGUUACCAUACAGGAUCUUGGUGGACGCCUUCAAUCCUCUCCAAUCCGAGCGAUAUGAUCUAUUUAAGCGCGCAAAGCUGCGCAAGGAAUCCCUUCGUCGAAUUGUCAACCAUGCACUCUCCCAGUCCGUCCCGGCCAGUGUGGUCACAUCGGUUAAUGGUUUCACCAAGGUCUUCGCCGGUGAGAUAAUUGAAAAAGCGCGAACCGUUCAGGCCGAAUGGGCCGAGGCACAUGAUCAAGCGACGCGUGCUGCCUUUGAUGCCGAAGAAGCCGCUGCGGAGCAAGCUGCACAGGCCAAAGCACAAGCACAAGCCGAAGCAAUGGCCAAAUCAACAACAUCAACACCAUCUGGUACACCUGGCCCGUCAUCGGGCCUAGGAAAUGGCAUUAAGACAGAGUCUUCCCCCAAAUACGGUUAUAAUCUCAACUCCAACUCUUCUCCGGUGCCUUUGCGCCCGCGACGUGAAUUCCGCCCACCGCCCAACCCACACCGAGGUCAGCUUUUGCCCUCGCACUUGCGGGAAGCUCAGCGACGGGCGAAGCGAAAUGGUGAAGGUGGCGGUGUUGGUUUCUCGGGAAUGAGUAUGGAUAAUCUAGGGGUCAAGGGUGCAUUUACAUGGAGUUCCGGCAGCGUUGGCGGACGCAGAUUAUUCCGCUAA